UGAUUAACGUUACACACCGCAGAGCCGGAAGCUCCUCAGUAAAGAACGAAGAAGAAUACUAACGCUUACUAAAAUCCAAAUCGUGUCGAUAAAGUGCCAAAAGACACAAAAUCAGAAACAUUUAGUUCCACGAUGCUUCCACUAUCUCUGCUAAAGACUGCCCAGAACCACCCUAUGCUGGUUGAGCUAAAGAACGGGGAGACGUACAACGGUCACCUGGUGAGCUGCGACAACUGGAUGAACAUCAACCUGAGAGAAGUCAUUUGCACUUCAAGGGAUGGCGAUAAGUUCUGGAGAAUGCCCGAGUGCUACAUCAGAGGAAGCACCAUCAAGUACUUGCGAAUCCCUGAUGAGAUUAUUGACAUGGUGAAGGAGGAGGUGGUGUCAAAGGGUCGUGGACGUGGAGGCCCCCAGCAGAACAAACAGCAGGGCAAAGGAGGAAGAGGAGGAGGAGGAGCUAGCCGAGGCCUGUUUGGCGGCCGUGGCAGAGGAAUGACUGGUCCCAGUCGGGGCCAACAGCAGCAGCUUCAGCUGCAGCCGCAGGAUAAGAAACAGGGCAAACCACAGGGAAUGAAAAACCAGCACUGAUGAAACACAUUACGCCCUCAACAUCCCGUAAUUCAGAGCAAUGUCUCCCUCAGUAUACAAAGAUAAACCUCCCUUCUGCUGUGUAUGUCCACACUAUCACAGAAAUCACAAUGAGCGACGUCACGAGAAGCUGUGCUUUUGCACACCAUUUUUUUAGCUUCUAUAAGUUGUUUUUUUAGUAGGACCACACACCAGUGUAUCAGUCACAGCUGACAGAUUCCUUUGUUAGUAUCUGCUGAAGUGUUAUUACAACUUUGCAGGAACAUUUUGUCCCAUAACUCAUUACAAAAACAGUUGGUGCACUGGAAUGAGUUUUUUAUUUUGUUUUUUUUGUCAUCUUGACUCCUUGUGUGUAGAUUUCACAGAAAAUUCCCAACUUCUGUUGCUUCAAUAUAUUUUUUUAACUUGUUCUUUAUUUUUGUGCUGUUUGCAACGUUCUGUAGUUUGUCUGUUGUGCCGUUUGAUCCAAUCGUGGCAGGUGGGCCAGCAGACUUGCAGUUGAAGAGAAUUCAGUCCCUGAAAAUGAACACUUUUGUAAGAUGCCACAUUAUGAUCAUAAGGCUUUCCUUAAAAGAAAAAAAAAAUCUCUGAGUCUGUAAUUGAUGAGUCCAAUGUGUGUUGGUUGGGCUUUUUUUUCUUUCUUUUUUCCAACAAAAGAUUAUGUAAUUUAUUUACAUGACAAUUAAAGAACUUAUGUUAGA